GGUUUCAAGGUGGCAUACAUAGUAUUCAGAAAGCCAGAUGCCAUCAAGAAAGCAAAGAAUAUUCCAUACAGCAAACCACUAAUUAUAUCAUUGGAUGACCCUCACAAAUGUACAGGCACAGGAAUGGGUAAGUGGUGUAAAAAUUACGAAGAAGAGAGGAUAAAUGUUGAAGAUCUGCAACAGGAGAUUGACACAUACAUGUCUGAAUAUGAUGCUCGGGUGGAAGAGGAGAAACAGAAAGCCAAGGAUAUGGAGGGUGUGCCCGAUGACGAUGGCUGGGUGACAGUCACAAGACAUGGUAAAAAUAAGGGUGUUCCAUGGAAGGAGUCACAAGAGAAAAAAGUUACAGCCCGAGAAAAAAAGAAAAGAAAAGACAAGGAGUUGCUGAAUUUCUAUUCGUUCCAAAUUAGGGAAACAAAGAGGGAACAAAUAGCAGAAUUGAGAAUAAAGUUUGAGGAAGACAAACAGCGAAUCGCUCUGAUGAAGGCAUCAAGAAGAUUCCGACCAUAUUAAUUGUUAUGUUUACUGAUUUUUAAUACAAGAAUAUGAAAACUGA